CGCUGAGUGGCGUUAGCAGCGCAGCACUUUGCGAACGAGUGCUCUCAUGUCCGUGAACUCCUUUUUGAGAAGAUACCGAUAACUUCUGAGUACGGUGUGUUUUUAGGCUGUACAAUUUCCUGGAAACUAAAGUAGGACUUGAACGUUUUACUUUUCUGACAACUUUUCGUGCCUCCGGUUAACUGCCCGAAAGUAACGGUGGAGCAGCAGGUCUGGACGCCUCGUGCGGUCUCCGGUCAAGUUAGUUAAAGUACGAGUUUGCGCGCUUUUUUUUUUUUCGCGCGGUACUGCUGUGCCGCUCGUGCGGUGCACGGGUGACGCGGGCUCGCGGCGAUCAUCAGCAUGUGCGGGAUCUCGUGCGGUGCCCGUUUUGCGCUCGCGCACUGCCUUCCGUCGCAGUGUUGAGAGAAAGUCCUUCGCGCUGGAGACGCGCGCACAGGCGCGGUCCCGCUGUCUGGGGCACAAAGACAAGAGCGCGGCGAGGGUCUGUGCGGACCGAUGGUCGCCCACCCCUCCCUCCCGGAGAGGACACCCCGCGUUUUCCGCGAGUACGCAGCGCGUGCACCCCGCACGCGGCGUCCGGCCAGGCAGACUGAGACAGGGCACUCACACACUCUCACUCACUAACUCAGCACUGCUGCGCCGCGAGCUCCUUCGCACCGUCCGCUGUGUGGAGCAGGAGCUCGGAGAUCAGUGAAAAGCAAUGAUUUCCGAGGAAAGGAACAGUCUGAUAUCCAAGCAGGUCCUCACCUUCCCCGUGGGCAUGAUCAUCAGUUCGCCUAAACGACGCCUGGCCAAGCUUGGCAGGAAGCCGAGCAGCGGGUCCCUGCAGUCCAGCUCUUCUUGUCUCACCACCAAAUCAGCAGACAGCGUGAGCACGAGCGUGAGGCAACCCGCCAAGAACAAGAUCCGGCGGCACAACAACCGACUUUCCACGGUGUUCAACCGGGGCCCUUUCCUGUGGGACGGUGGCCAGGGGUAUGCCGCUGUGGUGGGCGAUGAUGGGUCAGUGGAAGAUGACCCCUCUGAGCUGUCCAAUCACAUAUCCACCCCAGGCAUCCUGAAGGUUUUUGGCAAUGACAUCUGCCAAGGGGCCAACUACAAGAGCGUGCUGGCCACCAGUCGCUCCAGUGCAAAGGAGCUGGUGAAAGAAGCCGUAGAGAGGUACUGUCUGGACAAAGCUGAAGCCAGCGCCUAUGUGCUGUGUGACGUGAUUGGCGUCAUUGGGGAAGACCGCCAGUGGAAGACGGAGGGCUCGCGGGUGGUGGGCGACAAUGAGAAGCCGCUCUUACUGCAGUCGCUGUGGAAACCCAAGGAGGGGUAUUCUCGCCGCUUCGAGAUCCAGAGGCGGGCCAGUGUGGAAGAGAGGAAUGCAAGGGAGCAGGACACUGUCACUGCAGGCAUAAAUGCCCAGGCCCGAAAGCUGCAGAAGAUCCGAUCUCGAGUGUCCACCGUCUUUGUGGAUAACGCCAGCGCCACUGAGGCGGGCAGCAGUCCAGGCCUGUGGAGGAGUCUGAGCGAAAUGGACCUCCCCGCUCAAGGUCAGGACAGCUGGGCCCACGAGGCACCAUCGUGCAAUGCACCAGAACCCAGAGCCAAUAAAGAGGCCUACAGUCCCAGCACGGAGAAGGAGGAGACGGAAAGCAGCGACGAUAACGCCACACAGUACUCCAUUCACCCACCCUUCGACUUCCCCUACUUCCUGCUGCUGCAGGGCUACAGUUACAGACAGGACUUUGUAAUCUACCUGAUGACUGGGCCGAGCACAAUCUUUGGGCGCUGCAGUGAGCACUCGACGGGGGAGGACGUGGAGAGGCUGAACGUGGAUGUCCCUCUGGCGGCACCGGACGUCUUACCCCAGCACUGCUGCGUGAGGCGGGUGGAGACACCCGGCGGGGGCGCUGGUGGAAAAACCUUGACGCUGCUGAGACCCUUGGGCCAUGCCCUGGUGGUACACAACGGCAUCCCGCUGAAGGCUGAGACUGAGCUCCACCCAGGUGACCUAGUCAGGCUGGGGGAGCACUACAUGUUCAUGUUCAAGGACCCCACCUCCGAGGCUGCUUCCUGUCUGCCGCCCUGGCUGAGCAGGCUUUCCGGAACCCACUCAGAGCUGACUCUGUGUGGAAUGUGUGGUUCCUCCAAUGCAGAAACCAAAGACAGCCUCCCCCCUGCAGAAACUGUUGCACCCCUCCUGAGGGGCCCUGAUGGUCAGGAUCUUGUUCUGUUUUAUGAACUGGAGCAGGAGGAUCGAGUCCUGAAAGACAUUCUCGGCUUGGUGGAUCCUCAUGGAGCAGAUCCCAAGCUGACUCCAGCUUUCCUGCUCUGCUUGUGCAUUCAACACUCGGCCAUGCACUUUGAGAUGUCAGACAUGCGUUGUCUUCUGCUUCGCAUUGCCAGCCAAGUACAGAUGACUAUGUGGGAGAGGACCAAGGAGCUUGCAGCAAUACAGCCAGAAAUGAGAACGGAGGAGCUGCAGCAGGACACAGACGAAGUGCCCCCUCUUACUAUAGAGGAGCUGCUCCCAGGCCUACGUCCGCUGGUGCUGUGGAUGGAGAACUCCAUAGAGCUGUUGCACUUCAUCCAGCAAGAAGUGCCCAAGCUGUUUCCCUUGAGUCGUGAGGAGCUGCUUAACUCUGAUUUGUCACAGUCCGCCUUGGAGGAAGCAACCACUGUUUUGGAGGAGGUCAUCAUGUUUACGUUUCAGCAGUCUGUCUACUACCUCACCAAAGCACUGUAUGCGGCACUGCCCGCCGUGUUGGACAGCAACCCCUUUUCGGACCAUGAAGGACUGCGGGUGCCCGAAGGUGUCGGCGGUGUCCUCGCUGUGCUCAAGAGCACCCUAGAGCUACUGUGCUCUUUCCAGGUGCACUGGGACAUCACCACCCAGCUGUUCGCAUACCUCUUUUUCUUCAUCAACGCCUCCCUCUUCAACACGCUGAUGGAGAGAGGUUCCGGAGGUGGAUUUUACAAGUGGUCCAAAGGGGUUCAGAUCCAUGCUAAUCUGGACCUCCUGAUGGACUGGGCGCAGGGUGCCGAACUGGGCCACCUGGCAGUAGACUUCUUCCAGAAGCUCUCCGCUGCCGUUAACCUUUUGGCGACACCUAAGGAGAACCUGCUGCAGGCUUCCUGGCCUUCUCUACGGGGGGAGUUUUCGCACCUGAACCCGGCCCAGCUGCACCACAUGCUGCGGGAGUACGACCCGGGUCGCACCCGUCCCGCCCACUGGAGUCCCACGCCACAGGAAGCAGAGGCGGCUCUAAGUACCGCUGCUAUCCUGGAGAGCUUUGACAACCACCCACCUCUUGUUCUGCCUACUGAUGGCUUUCACUUGGAGCUGGGGAAGCUGAUCCGUGAUGCCAGGCUGUGUGAGCAGCUGGCCAGACUACAAGGCUCACUCCUGGAUUCUUCUCCCAGAGGUCCUCCUGCCAGCCCCAAGCAGCUCCUGCAGAGUCUGCUAUCAAAGCCAGAGAAAGAAGAGCAGGUGGCACCUCCUGCAUGUGUUGCUCCACACCAGGACUCAGAAACCCCUUUGUACACCCCACGGGACAGAGAGGAAAUUAAUCUUGACUCAGCAGCCGGUCCUGGCAUCAGGGAGUCACCCACCUGUAGCCUGAGCUCCCACGAGACGGUUCUGACCCACAAGCUGAAGAGCUUGGAGCUCCAGGCUGCCCUGCCCAGAGAUGUGGACUUGAAAUUCCGCAAGCGUUCGGCCCUGGACCCGACUUGCCUCCUUACGCCGCCCCACACGCCCCAGGAGUCGGCUGAGCUGGAGUCUGGCCAGAAGGAGGACACUCUCUGUUGCAUCACAACCAGCUCCCAGGAAGAUGCACGUCUCCAGACCAAAGGUGAGAGCUGUGCCGCCGAGGAAGAAGAAGCAGGUGGAGAUGAAGAGGUGUUUACUGUGGAGCUGCAGAAGGGACCCAGUGGGCUCGGUCUGUCUCUGGUGGACGGAAUGAAAACGGCACUGAAAAUGAAAGGGAUUUAUAUCAAGUCGGUGGUUGAGGACUCACCUGCUGCGUGGUGUGAGAAGCUGAGUCAAGGAGACCGCAUCCUGGCCGUGAAUGGAGUGAGCCUAGUGGGAAUGGACUACAACAGUGGUCGGGAUCUCAUUCGGACAUCGGGAGACGAGCUGCGGCUGCUGGUGGCGAAGUCAGAGCUGGCGUGCAAGAGCUGGCUUAAUAAACGCUAAGUUGAGUGUCGGCGUGGUUGCUUUGCAGCUAGCCACCCUGCAGAAGAACGUGAUUAGAGACCGCUGUAACUCAGACUGGAGUGACAAAAGCCUGAGGAGUACGUCCUCAGAUUAAAAUAAUUCCAGAGCUACCGAUGGAGAACGAUCUUUAUGAACAGAGAGUGGUUUACUUGACCCUAUGAUGAGCAGCACGCUUCAUUGUUACGGCAAAUCCAAGAUGCACCUGGAGCGAAUGGUGCGAGGACACCUGGGUUUCUCAUCUGUGUAGAAGUGUUCACCAUUUUUCCACAUUCACUUCUCUGGAUGGAAGGGUCAUCAAACAAAAUCCAAACUGACCCACAGUACUCCUUUGGUAACUAGUGAGUGGAGAGAAAAUUAUUGCAAAUGCAGAGAACUGUGCAAUAAACUGAAUGACAGAGACUGAAAUGGGAAAAUGCUUCUGUGAUUGUGUCACUCGUUUCCCUUAAAUGAACAAGUUUUGAAAAUAUUUGUGUCUAAU